AAUUAGCGAGUUAUUAAUUAAUUAGUGAUGGGACACAUGGUGUCACUAUGGAGUAAGACCACUGAUUUGGGGGAUCCCCUAACCUUCGAUCGAUAAGUCUUCGGUUUCUAACCGAUAUUCUAGUUUAUUUUAUAUCACAUUAAAACACGAGUUAUGAAUAAACAAUGCAAAAAGAAGUAAAUUGGUACUUCAGAGUGAAGGAAGACACAAGACCAUUACUGGUUAUCAAGCAGUGAUACCCAUGCGCCAAAAAUAACAAAAUAGUCUAGUAUAAACAUGAUCUGGCAGAAUCAGCACCUUGUUACUUGAUUUAAAUUAUUCUGGCCAGCAGAGAACAAUUCUGAAUUUCUAUAAACUAUACUUUCUCACUAUGUAUAUGUAUGUUAUUGUUAAUCUUUGAAGAAAUUCUGUUUUUCAUUGAUUCUAUUAUUCCUGUUUUCGCCUUAUAUCUUGGUUUAUCUGACAGAAUUGGCACUUUGGGGUUAGAGUGGAUUUAUUCUGGCCAGUCAAGCUCAAAUAAUUAACAAUUACACAAAUUGAUACUUUGUGCAUUGGAGCAUGAAUUGACAGAACUGUCACCUUGUAGUCAGAGUGGAAAUAUUCUGGCCAGUCACACUAAAUUGCAUUUGUGCACUUCGAUAUAUUUCUCACUGAAGCAUGAUCUGGCAGAAUCAGCACCUUGUUGCAUGGGCACAAAUAUUCUGGCCAGCAGAGAACAAGUCUGAAUUUCUUUAAACUAUACUUUCUCACUAUGUAUAUGUUAUUGUUAAUCUUUGAAGAAAUUCUGAUUUUCAUUGAUUCUAAUAUUCCUGUUAUCGCCUCAUAUCUUGGUUCAUCUGACAGAAUUGGCACUUUGUGGUUAGAGUGGAUUUAUUCUGGCCAGAUAAGCUCAAUUGAUUAACAUUACACAAUUUGGUAUUUUGUGCAUUGAAGCAUGAAUUGGCAGAAUUGUCACUUGUGGCUAAAGUACAAAUAUUCUGACCUUACACACCCAGAUUGAUUUUGUACAAUUUGAUGUCUUGGUCGUUGAAGCAUAGUCUGGCAGAAUCAGCACCUUAUUGCGUGAGUGGAAUUAUUCUGGCUAGCAGAGAAAAAGUCCAAAUACUUCCUUACUAUGUAUAAUAUGUAUGUUAUUGUGAAUUUUUAAAAAAAAUUGUCCUCAAUGUUUUUCUAUCGAUUCUAUUAGAAAUAGUUCAGGUGCUAUCCUGUUAUACCCAUGCCAUUAGUUAUUUUAUGUGUUUUCUUUGAUUCUGUUUAUCUUCGGGCAAAUGAAAGUAUAGGGAUAAUUUGGGAAAUUGCAGGAUAACAUCUAUAUCAACCAUGGGCAAAGUACGGCCUGCGUUCCAAAUCCGGCCCGUUGGGUGAUUCCAUCUGGCCCAUCUGAUGCUGCCACAACCAACCUGAAACCAAAUUUCGAUGUUUUACCUGAAAAUAGCUCAUAGAAUUUGUUGAGAUUGCGAUUAAAUUCGUUUGUGCACGAGGUCAUCACACUUACAUGGCCCACCAGUCGAGACCGUGCCCACCCUUGAUCUAUAUUCAAGUGCACAGAGGUUUCUGUAGCCUCAGAAAUAUUUUCGGUAUUUCGCCCUGCCCUAUACUGUUAUUUCUCUCUCUCUCUGUUUGGCACUCCUGAAGUAUGUGUACCAAUAUGGAGGUAUCUAAUUUUGUUCGCCUACUUUACAUCAAAUUGUGUAAAGGGACUGAAACCUAUGGGCAGGGGGAUCUUCACCUGGCUAAUACAGACAGUCCCUGAACUCGUAAUAGAACUGAAAUAAGGAAAAUUGGAAUAAAAUUAUGGCCUAACCCUAACCUGGUACACAUACUACGGGUGUACCCUCUGUUCAACUUUACUCAUCCUAAUGUAAACAAAAUCAAAGAAAAACUGCCUUCAUUUCGUGUGACCUAACUUCAUUUUUUAUCCAUUUUCUUAGACAUAGAAUAAAAUUUAGGUUUAAUUUAAGAAAUGGCAGAUUCUCCGAUAACAGGAAUAUGUAUUGUGGACAAGAAGAUCAACUGCCCUCCUCAGUAUACUCUGAUUGAUAGAACAGCAGAAGGGGAAGACUCAGAUCUUUGGAAAGAUGGGUUUUUCAAAUCCAAAGUUACGAGAUAUAUAUGCUAUACAACUAACAUAACUGCUGGUCAAUGGAACCACGUUGUCACAAACAUAAUUCUGAUCGGAAUAAAAGAUCCCGUUCCACAGGGUUUUGUUGCACUGCGAGAAACAACUGACACAAAAGAAAGUGCAUUGAAAAAGCAUGUUUUGUGCAUAAAACUCAUGCCGAAAACGGCCACUGAUUCUGCGGUAGUUGAUUUCAAGGUUAUGAGGUCAGAAAGGUACAAAGCGGAACAAUAUACAUGCGUUGGAGAAGUAAACGGAAUCAACCUGGUUUACAAGUUACAGCGUUUGCCUCAAUCGAUCUCAAAUCGACCGGCCCCGCCUCUCCCUGUCGCAGUCGAGAACGUACCCCCUCUUGGCUCCCCCCCUCCGAUACCCAGAAGGCCCCCAAGUGUGAAAUCAUCAAGUGGAACUGGUUUGAGUACACUUGAACCAUUAGCAGCAAUUUCAGGUGUUCCCUUCAAACUUCACGAUAGACUGAUGCAGUCAAACUCAGAUGCCAAUAUGCAGGAUGACCUUCAUAUAACCUUGAAAACAAAGUCAGAACUAGACGAACUUUUCAACUACGAUUUCUCAAGGGAACGGGGCGUUAUUGGACGAUAGCAUUCUCGGAACUUUACGCUUGACUGAGUUUAUAGUUGUCAUGGAAACAGAUUUUUCAUAAUUUAAAAUUCCCGCACACAAAUUCUAUAAAUCAUUUUCAAGUUUUUCUGCAAUCUUGUAAAUACUGUAUCAUCAAUCCUAAUAUAAUUUCAUUUUACCAGUGCUCGUAGGCCGGUCUACAACCCCCUGUAGGGUGUGAAGCCCACCCCAAUAACAUUUUAAACACCCUUUUUUUGAGCCGUAAUGUCACUCUAUAAAUUUCUAACUUUUUGCAUGUGGAUAUCCAGAAAGUGUCAUAGAUGGUUAGUCAAAUACAUAAGACAUUUUUAUAAAUUACAGAUAGUUUUAUCGCUAAUAACAAAAUUUCUAACCACCCCCUAAAUUUGGAAACAAUCUCCUGAAAUGAAAGCUGGGGAGAAUACUGGUUGGGGUGCCCAAAUGAAUCUAAAAUAUCAGGGAUUCCCCCCCCCCCCCCAGGGGAUUUCCUAGGGGUACAAAUUUGAAUGCUGCUUGCUCCUUCACUUCUCAGUGAGUGCAAAAACCAUACAUCUGUAUAGUUACAGAUGCUCUUGGCAUUUUUAGUGGCUCACACUUGUCUGCUACUUCUGAGCGACAUAAUUUUGGGCCAUUUCUCCUAAUUUACUUUUCAAUUUCUUAUUAACGACCAUUUUAAAAUGUUUUUGUAAUUCACGUCUGAGUCAUCACUGCUUCACAAACUAGGCCAGGGGCAUGCAAUCUUUAACCCUCUCCAUGUGAUUUUUUAUUAAAUAAUCGUAUUUGCUACGCCGAUUUUAUGUAUUUGUACCCCCACAACUAAUCGAUCGACUAACGAAAAACUAAUGAUCCUCUGCUGCCCACUGACGACUCGUUGGAAAGCUUUUUUU